AGAUAUGCGUGAUAAAAUGAGGAAAUGGAGGGAAGAAAACUACCGAAACAGUGAACAGAUAGUGGAUGUUGGGGAAGAGUUAAUUAAUGAAUAUGCAUCUAAACUUGGAGAUGACAUUUGGAUAAUUUAUGAACAGGUGAUGAUUGCUGCCCUGGACUGCAGUCGAGAUGAUUUGGCAUUGUUUUGUCUUCAGGAACUGAGACGGCAGUUUCCUGGGAGCCACAGAGUUAAACGAUUAACUGGAAUGAGAUUUGAAGCCAUGGAAAGGUAUGAUGAUGCUAUCCAGUUAUAUGACAGAAUUUUACAAGAAGAUUCAACUAAUACAGCAGCAAGAAAGCGUAAGAUUGCCAUUCGAAAAGCCCAGGGGAAAAAUCUCGAGGCCAUCCGAGAGCUGAAUGAGUAUCUGGAACAAUUUGUUGGUGACCAAGAAGCUUGGCAUGAACUUGCAGAACUUUACAUCAAUGAACACGACUAUGCAAAGGCAGCCUUCUGCUUAGAGGAGCUUAUGAUGACUAAUCCACACAACCACUUAUAUUGUCAACAAUAUGCUGAAGUUAAAUACACUCAGGGGGGGCUUGAAAACCUUGAGCUGUCAAGAAAGUAUUUUGCACAAGCACUGAAGCUUAACAACAGAAAUAUGAGAGCUCUAUUUGGACUUUACAUGUCUGCCAGUCAUAUUGCUUCCAAUCCAAAAGCAAGUGCAAAAAUGAAAAAAGAUAAUAUGAAAUAUGCCAGCUGGGCAGCAAACCAAAUAAACAGAGCAUACCAGUUUGCAGGUCGCAGUAAGAAAGAAACUAAAUACUCUUUGAAGGCAGUGGAAGACAUGUUGGAGACCCUGCAAAUCACUCAGUCUUAGCUUGGCACAGAGAUCUAAUAUGAAAUUUUCCAAUACCACACUCAACCUGUAAUGACCUGUGGGUUAUGUUACUCUAGUGCUGUUAAAAGUUAAUUUUGUAUUGAUUACGUGCUAUAUAAAAUAACAUUUUAUGAAAAGUAAAAUGCCUAUUUAUUGCUGCUGUAAGAAAUGUGAUGAAUACCCACUGAAAUGAAUUAACUUAUCCACAUAAACAACACGAAGAAAUUACGUGCUGCACAUCAGUAUCCUCAGAUUUUUGUAUGUACAGUACCUGCUUCUAAGCCAUAAUUUCUAGAAAUAAACUUGUUAAAUGAUUAA